AUACAUAUUUAUAUUUUAUUAAUAUACAUAUAUUUUUAAUUAUUGAAUGUUUUUUUUGCAACUUUUUAUUUUUAUAUUUUUACAUUUGUAUGAAAGUAGUCAUAUCCAUUUUUAUUUUGAGACAUUUUUUUUUACCGAUUCUAUGCUACCGCUCAAGAAUUAUUAGCCAGUAUUGUACCUUUACCCUCCAUACUUAAAAGUAUCAAUAUCAAUUAACCCGUAUAUAACAAACGUUCAUCUACAUUCAUUAUUGCAAUUAAUCAAAAAAACAUUUUAAAAUGAAUACUUAAAAUAGUUUCAUUUUAUAAUCAUUUAAAGCUAAUGAGAAUUGACGGAAGUCAAUAUUCACAGUGUACUUACUUUGGAAAAUAUUGUGACCAAUACAAAAUUACGAAUACAAUCAAAAUUAUCAAUAAAAUUUGAUUUUUUCAUAUGAAUUUCUAAAUCAUUUAAUUUAAAAGUAUAUCAGUAUUAAUUCAUUUUGUCUUAAGAAUUGUGGUAUAUAUAUAUAUAUAAAUAUAUUUAUAAAAACAACCCACGCUUAUUUCUUUAACUCGAAGAAGUGAAUUUAUCAGUAAAAAAUUUAUGAGCAAGAUUAAAGUACAAUCGAUACUUUGCGCUUCAGCCGAGCAUAUCUAACCUCUGAUACACUUAAUGUGUAAACACUUGUUAACGAUAAUAUUUAUGAAAUAUUAUUUUACUUAAUAAAAUAAUUGUUUAUUAUAUUUCAUUAUUAACAUGAUUCAACCAGUUGCAAGUGAGUUAUUAGAGGACAUUAAUGAAAAAAAUAUCCGUUCGGUAUUUUACAAAAAACCAAUUAAAAAAAAUAAUUAUAAUUUAGACGUUGAUUACAAUGACUCGCCUCAAGAAAUUAGACGACAGGAUUUAUUAAAACGCCAGAAAGAAAGCAGAAACGCUAUUGUAAAUUCAGCUCGUGCAAUACUAGAAGACGUUUUAUUAUCAGAAGAUGAGCAUAAAGAGUCAAUGGUAAUUGAUAAUAAAAGUAAUUCAAAGAAACGUAAACUUUAUAUAAAUACAUUGAUGUUGUCAGAAUGGAUGAUUGAUGUACCUGAAGAUUUUAUUGAUAAAUGGUUUAUGUUACCUUGUCCAAAAGGACGACGUGCUUUGAUUGUUGCUUGUAAAGGUAAAACUCAAGUAUUUACAAGACGAGGUAAUAAAAUUAUUGAAUUUAAUUCAGUAUUACCAGGAGGAAAUUAUGGAGAACACAAUAAGAAUUGUACUAUUUUAGAUUGUAUAUGGGUUAGAAAAGAACAAUCAUAUUAUGUUCUUGAUGUUUUAAGUUGGUCCAAUCAAACAUUUCUUGAUUGUGAUGCUGAAUUUCGUCAUUUUUGGCUAAAUUCUAAACUCGAAGAGACUGUAGGAUUAAGUACACAAAGUAAAUUAAAUCAAUAUCCAAUUUUAUCAUUACCAAAUAUUUUUUGUAAUGGAAAUUUAACAAAUUUUUUACAAAAUUUGUCACCUAGUCUUCCAUUAGAUGGAAUUUUAUUUUACCAUCGAGAAGGAUUUUAUAUGAAUGGGCGCUCACCGCUUGUAACUUGGCUGAAACCGUUUAUGAUGUCUGAAGUGCUGGGUAUUUCGGUUCCGUUCGAACUAGAUGAAAAACCAGAUGGAUAUAUUGAUUUUAGGCAGUACAUUCUUUCGAAAAAUUGUAGGAAAAAAAAUUCAGAUGACUUGAAAGAAUUUCUGGUAGAUGUGAUGGAUGUUAAUACUUGUGACGAAAAUUGAUGUAAAUAAAAAUAUUUAAUCUAAUUUAUUUAAAUAAUUUAUAAUUUUCAUAACUAAUAUUUUAUAAAAUGAAAACAAUCUUUACACAUA